AUGGCAACGGCGUAGAUUCGUUAGUAUUUCAAACACCACGAUCGAGAACACAACACAGAUGACCACAGAUACAGCACCCACUGCGGCUUCUCUGCUGCAGCUGAAUGACGAUGUCCUGGCUUUGAUCGUCCGCCAGCUGAAUGUGUUCCAGCAGUACGAGAUCGGCAGGUUGAACAGGCGAUUGGAGAGCAUAGUGCAGAUGCUCUGGAGGACCCGAGUCCGCAAUGUUGUCCUGCAGGACGAAAUGUUCCGGCGAUCGGUGUGCAAUUCCCGGCACUUCCUGGCCUUCAUCCUGGCUUUGGCUCCGCACAUGGAACGAUUGAGUUGCCACCAGCUUGAUGUCCGGAGAUUGCGAGUCCUGAGCAGUCACACCCUGGAGAGCAUCCAAUCCCUGGAGUGGCUGGGCGAUGGGAAUCGACGAGGACGCGUUCGCUUCGUGGACGAGGAUGUGCGACUGCUGCGAAGGGUAUUCCCGAAUUUAAGGAGGCUCAAGCUCAGGGGCUGCCAAAUCACUGGGAAGUACCUGUGCGACCUGGAGCACCUAAGCGAACUCUGUCUGGACGACUGCCAGUUCCUGGAAUCCCAGCACUUCAGGGACCUCUUCCGGCAGCUAAAACUACGCAAAUUUGACAUUAUGGAGGACUGCGACGAGGUGAACUGUUGCGAUCUCGCGGAUCUCCAGCUGUGCCCCACACUGGAGCAUAUCAAAAUUGCCGAUUAUCACCUGUGCAUGGAGUCGGACAUUACGCAGCAACUUCUCCGGCUGCCACGCCUACAAAAGCUGUCGAUUUACUCCAAAAACUUCGUCUUCGAUGUCCUGUCGCGAAUAGCUCGACCGAGCAGUCCUCCUGGAUCAGCCAGACUUAUAGAGGCAUUUCGCUUCAGUGGAAUACUUCAUGAUUAUGGAAGGUUUUUCAGGGAGCUGGGAAAUCUUAGACAGCUGUCGCGACUAGAGUUACAUGGUCAAGCAGAGGAGGAGGAGGGCGGUCAGCUGCAGUGCCUGGAGGAUCAGGUGCUGCGACAACUGGCCAGUCAACUGCGUGAGCUAACCGAGCUCCAUUUGUGUGGCUAUCAAUUAGAGAGUCCUUUGGGCCUUCUAGAAUUCGUGAUCAAUUGUCGGCAGCUGAGGGUCCUGGACAUCACCCGAUCUCGGUGUCACGGAGAGUCCUUCGUAUGGAGCUGCAUAGCUAUUCUGACCAAGCAAAGGUGGCGCAGUCAACCCUUGGAACUCUGGAUCCGGCAUAGCGACAUCAAUCAGGAAAUAGUUCACAGUCCGCGCUGCCUGGACAACAUCAAGCUUAUCAAGAUCGACGCCAAGCAGAUCGGACCCAAUAUGGACUAUACUUCCGGGGUCCUCAAGUUCAGCUUCGUGCGGUAAUUGUUCCCAAAGGCGGCGAUUGAUGAAAGACUGAUGAAUCAACCAUCUGAUAACCACUUACUAUAUAAGGUUUAUCUAUUAACUGAUGAACUCUCAACUGCUCAGAUUCAAUUAAAAAGUUUUAAACUGAUAUAUAAUUAAGCGUAUUUACAUUUAUCACUUGCGAUCCAAAUAAAACGAUCUAAAUAAAAUA